AACGCAUCGUCCGGUAAACUACAAAAAGUCGUUCAUUUCGGUUGAUGACCUUGGUUGACGAUUAAUUCCCCGAUCAAGUCAUAGGUUGCUUGGUACCCGGCCUCGAGUCUCGAGUGACGUAACCGGUGUGCCUUCGGUAUCUUCACACUGACUGCGAGCUAGCGUGCGCGUGCACACCUCCCGAUGUAAACAAAUUUCGAAUUUCAAACAUUCUUUUUUUAACUUUUACAGUUUAAGACAAAUUUUAAUGAAAAUUGUUUCUACUGUAUUGUGUUUUCUAAGUGGCAGUGUAAUGUGAUAUUGUGAAUUUCAGUUCAACAUGGAUUUGUUUGUAGAUGUAACUACGACUUAGCAGAAAGGACCUAUUUCUUACUAGUGCUUGAAUCACGGAUGGGGUCAAGAUGACAAGAAAGUUUCUCUUCUGUUUCCCCUUAAGGCUGGGGAACAUUAUCUUUGGUUACAUUGUUAUAAUUGUAGCAAUUGCAGUAAUGGCGUUUAAUUUAUAUCGAUUUGGUUUGAGCAUGGUAUCAAAUAAAAACGAAUUCGACGAGAAGUUCCGAAAUUUCGAGAAAGUGGACAAUAUCUUUGGGCCGAACAAGAAAGAGCUGGUAGCUCUGAUUGCUCUGUUGUACUAUGGGAGCUACAUGAUAGUAGCAUUUUUAUUGUUCGUGUUUGCUGCUUUAUUUACUUGUGGCGCUUACAAAGCGAACAAUUGUCUGAUAUCGACGUUCUUCGGCUACAGCUUCAUCCACCUGUUCCUGACCGUGGGGCUUAUUGUAUGGGAAGCGAUCACGGCGGGAUGGAUUGAACUGGGGCUGAUUGUGGCCGCUGAUUUGAUCCUGAUUGUUUGCCUGUUCAGCGUCAAGUAUCUAAUGGCGGCGAUCCGCACCGGCCACAUGUACACCCACCCCGGGGAAGUUUAUUAUAAAUACUAACAUAUUGUAAUUAUCAUAAAAUUAAGUAUUUAUGUUAAGAUCUCUAAUGUUCUGUGGUACAACUGUACUCAUACUUCAGGGUAAAAAAAUAACGAGGGAACCAUGUGCCAGUGAACUAAUUUUAUUUCGAAAUAAGUUUGAUGAUGCCCUGAUUGUAUUAGAGAACAGUUCUCUUGGAAACAUUUCUCUUCUCGGAUCACUACGUCUGUAGAAAUACCUACAUAUCGCACUGUCAAGUGCGAUAUGUAGGUAUAACAUAGUAUUAUCUCGAAAAUUGCGUUGUAAUUUUAGCUCAAAAUUGCGUAAUAUAUUAAUAAUUUAUUUAUCUCCAAAAUAUUGCCAUAUUUGUAUGUCAUUCGUAGACGAUUUCAUUUCAAA